AUGGAAUCCUUCCAGUGGACGCUUCCCAACAAUGGCACACUCACAGGCGCUCAUUAUAUCCCAUCGCCUUCUCCAUCUCCCGCGCAGGUCGACUUUCGCCCUCUAGUCGUUGGCCUUCAUGGUGGAUGCUACGAUCAUCAAUAUUUCGAUGCCCUCCCAAAGUACUCCGCAUCAGUUGCAAGCCACGCGUUUGGCAUCCCCUUUAUUACAAUCGAUCGACCAUCAUACGGCGGCACAAGCUCGGUUCUACCUAUCCCGGAAGGAUCCGAUUUCACUCAAGAAAGCGCCCUUGCGAUGCACAACUCAAUACUUCCAGAAAUCUGGUCUAGACUCGGAGCGCCAAGUGGUUGCAAUUGUAUCGUGUUGCUUUGCCACAGUCUGGGUGUUAUGGUAGGCGUCGCAACCGCUGCCAUGCACGCGCAAGACAAAACGCCACUCUAUCCUCUAGGUGGCUUGAUUGCCAGUGGCAUGGGCAAUGAGCAAUCUGCGUCAAUGAAAGGCACCACUCCUUCCUAUCCUCGCGUCGAUGACAAUCACGCACUGAUGGAUGUAAAAAUGAAGGACUCUGUUAUGUUUAAACAGGGAACAUUUCCACUAGAAAUGCUUGGAGAAAGCGAACGCUUAAAUGCUAUUUGCCCUAUACCAGAAAUUACUGGGUUCUCAACUGAAUGGAUGCCAGUAUGGAAAGAAAAAUGGGCCAAGGCAGUAAAAACACCUGUAAUGUAUUCACUUGUUGACGAUGAUCCUUUCUUCGUCUCUACAGUGGGGGAGGUCGAGCGAUGCGUACAAGCGUUUACUAACAGUGUACGCGUGGACGGAAGUCUCCUACAAGGUGCUCCUCAUUGUGUUGAGCUGAGCUAUUGGUCGCAAGGAUGGUAUGCGCGAUGUUUUGGCUUUGCCAUGGAGUGUGCUGCUAGCUUCGCUUGGGAACAAAAUAGAGAUUGA